CGACGAGGCUAUUCCCUUCACGGCAUCGAGGAUGGCGCAGCGCACGGUCUCUCUCAGCAGCAUGGCAGAAUUGGCGCUCCUGGGCGCCCUUCUCUCCCUCUCGCUAGCCAAUUCGCUGGCGCUGGACGUCCAGAAGGAAAGCCAGACUCCGGCCAAGUGCAACCUGGAGGGGAUGUGGGUGAACGACCUGGGUUCCAAGAUGGUCAUCGGGACCACCAACAAGGACGGCCAGUUCUCGGGCUCCUACCUGACCGCCGUCUCGGCUGCCACCGACGCCUCCAUCCGGGAGUCGCCUCUGCACGGCAGGCAGCACCACACCAACCAGCGCGCCCAGCCCACCUUCGGCUUCUCCGUCAGCUGGUCCUUCUCCGACUCCACCACCGUCUUCGUGGGGCAGUGCUUCCUGGACGAGAAGGGCGAGGAGACCCUGGAGACGAUGUGGCUGCUGCGCCAGGAGGUGGCGACGCACGCCGACGACUGGAAGGCCAACCGGGUUGGCAAGAACGUCUUUGUACGUGUCAAAUAAAAAGGAACCAGCAUCUGGGCCUGCUCCUGCUACUCAUGUGUAGAACCAGCUAGAAUACUCUCCCUCCUUCUGCACUCCACCAGCACUGCCCCUCUGGCCUCUUCUAUGGGGAGGGACAAAAAUUGGGUCACCCCCCACCAGCCUGCAGCCCCCCCCCCGUUUGGCCAAGGGUGGCUCAAGAAGGGCUCACCAUCCCACUCACUAGGGCAGGGGUUGGUAACCUAAGGCCCAUGGGCCACAAGCGGCCCACGGGGGUGGUUUAACCAGCCCCCGAGCCGCCUUCUCAGUGAGUAACGCGGUACGAAGACUCGCUUCUGUGGCACCAGAAAUCGCAUCUGCGCAGAUGCUAGACAUGACGGGCGUGCAUGCGCUCCGGCCCCUGGAGGCUUCUCCACUGGAGUAAACAGGCCCAGGCGAGGUAAACCUGCGCUAGAGAGUGCAUUUGCUGCAAGUCUGCAGGUGGGGGAAACUUUGGAUGCAGCGGUUGCCAAUAGUAUAUUCACUGUGCUUGCUGGGGGCUUUUUAGUGGCCUUUCUGUAUUUUUAAGCUUUCUUUUGAAUUCUCUGUGCCUGCCCCAGAGAACUGUCUCAUGGGCUGAUGACCAAAAAACCAAUAAAGAAACUUUUCCACCAUU